AUGUCGAAUGAUAAUGCAACAUCAUUAAUACAAAUUGCAGAAUCAAGAGGAUCUUUAGUCGCUGCUUACUAUGCAUUAAUUUUGGUCAUCAUUGGCACUUUAUUCAAUAUUAUUACAUUUAUUGUGCUUUGUCGAUCAACAUUUAAAAAUGUUGCAGCAAGACCUAUACUUCAUUAUAUGAGAGCAAUGGCUAUUUUUGAUAUUCUUAUGUUAUACGGAUGGAAUCUAGAUCAUUACGUUUCUGUCAUACAUGGAUUUCAAAUUCAAACAUUAAAUAUACCCUUCUGCAAAUUUUUGUCUUUUCUUAAUUAUUUUGCUUCUCAAUCAUCAGCUUGGCUUCGUGUCUUUGUUUCAUUUGAUCGAUAUUUAUCAUUAAGCCGUCUUCAUCGAACAUGGUUUAGUCAACCGAAAAAUGUUCUUAUUAUAAUUACAAGCAUAAUGAUUGUCCUGUUUUUACUUAACUUUCAGUUUUUUCUUUUUGAAUGUUAUUAUACAGCACAUGGUUCAAUUACUUCAUAUUCUUUGGUAUUUCAAAUAUAUCCACUAUGGGAUUAUAUCAAUUUAGGUGUGUACAAUUGUGCACCAUUUAUAUUGAUGGUGAUAUUCAAUAGUGGAGUGAUUUGUCAUUUAUUUUAUCUUCGUCGCACAACUACUCUCCAAAAUUCACGCAUUCAACAGCGACCUAUUUCAAUUACGUUAGUCAUUACAACAUUCAUGUUUCUAUUUAUGACAAUACCAUCUACAGUAGGUUUCGCAUUCUUUUCUAGAACAAAUGCUAAGGUUUUGUAUAUUUUUGAUGCACUUCUUUAUACUUAUCAUAUAUUAUCAUUUCCAUUAUAUGUGAUUACAUUUGAUGAAUUCCGACAAAACUUCGUUUCAAUGAUUACAUAUAGAAGAAAUAAUAGAAGAAUUAUACCAGUAAUACAAGCUGGCAUUACACCAAAGAUAAAUAAUUUUGCAAAACCGAUCAUCAAUACUUGA